UCAAAUCAUUCCCGCAGUGGAUGGCCACGCGAUCGGUUCGGUUUUUGGUAUCAGAGAUCAGAGUAUCGGUUUCCCGGAGAUUCAGUGUCAGUGUCGUCGCCGUUCCAGUGAGAGUGCCAUGAAGCCUUAGAAACUAAGGAAAUCCCACGACUAAACAAUAAAUCCACAGACACAGUUUAAUAAAAUAAAUUAACUAAAAAUGAGCCAGCGCAGUGACAACGGCCACACGAACAGUGGUUUUAAUGGCGGCUCUGAGGUGUCCUUGGACAUACCCACCAAUACCCUGUAUCACACCUCCAGGGACUGCAUUGUUCAGGAGGAACAGGGUCCCAAUGAGAGCUGCCUGGAGGGCACCCAAGGCUGCUGCUCUAAUCUCUGGUCGAAUAUCUUCAGGAAGAAAACCCUGUACAAGCGUUUCCCCAUUCUGGUGUGGCUGCCCCAGUACAAAAAGGAUUAUAUAUUCGGCGAUAUAGUGGCGGGCAUAUCGGUGGCCUUGACUGUGAUUCCCCAGGCCUUGGCCUACGCUGGCAUUGCAGGACUAGAUCUGCAGUAUGGCCUGUAUGCCUGCUUCCUUGGCUGCUUCAUAUACAUAUUCAUUGGAUCCAGCAAGGAUGUGCCCAUAGGACCCACGGCCAUAUCAGCUCUGUUGUCCUUUCAAAUAGCCGGAGGCAGUUGGCAAAUGGCCACCUUGCUGACCUUUCUCACAGGACUCAUUGAGAUCCUGAUGGGAGUCUUUCGGCUGGGAUUCCUCAUUGACUUCGUAUCCGGACCAGUGGGAGCUGGUUUCACCAGUGCCGUGUCCUUGAUCAUCUUCAGUUCCCAGAUGAAGGACUUUUUGGGCAUCAAAACCAGUGGAAAUACCUUCCUGCAAGUGUGGAUCAGUAUUGUGAAUGACAUCCACAACAUCAGCUGGCCGGACUUCAUCCUGGGACUCAUCUGCAUCACUCUGUUGCUGAGCCUGAGAGCGCUAGCCAGCUGCUCGUUGGGUCCCAAGGAGGGGAAAACCACCACCCAAAAACUUCUUACUGGCAUUUUCUGGACCAUUGGAACUGCUCGAAAUGCCCUGUUGGUUUGUGGAACUGCUGGCCUCGGCUACUGGCUGUUUGUUAAUGGAAACGAGGAUCUGGUGAGGACCGUUGGGUUUGUGCCCAAGGGAUUGCCCUCCUUCCAGCCCCCUCCUUUUCACAUGGAUGCCGUUAUCAAUGGAACUACCGGAGAGGUCCUUCAAGAGGAGCAGAGCUUCUGGGACAUGGUCAGUACCCUUGGAUCCGGCCUCAUUGUGGUUCCCCUAAUCGCUCUCUUGGAAACCAUGGCCGUUGUUCAAGCCUUCGCUGAUGGAAAACCCACGGACGCCACUCAGGAGUUGAUAGCCUCGGGCAUUUGCAAUGUGGCCAACUCCUUUGUCCAGGGUCUGCGGAGCAAUGGAGGGAUCGCCAGGGGAGCCAUCCUCAAUGCCAGUGGAGUGAGGACCCAGCUGUCCAACCUGUACACCAGUGUGAUCGUGAUCAUCGCGCUGCUCUAUCUCACGCCCUGCUUUUAUUACAUUCCUAAGGCGGCACUGGCCUCUAUUAUUAUUGCGGCGGUGAUCUUCAUGGUCCAGUACCGAGUCAUCAAGCCCAUGUGGCACAGUAAAAAAACCGAUCUCAUUCCCGGCCUUGGAGCCUUCUUUGCCUGUCUGGUUCUGCCCCUGCAAUUGGGCAUCCUUGUGGGCAUCGGCAUCAAUGUCGUCUUCAUUCUCUACCAGGCAGCCAGGCCAAAGCUGCGCAUCGAAACUCUGGCGACAACUUCUGGCCUGAAGUACCUCAUGCUCACCCCUGAUCGCUGCCUCAUCUUCCCUUCGAUGGAGUUUGUGCGCAAGGUUAUCAACAAGCAGGGUCAGAAGUCCACCCUGCCAGUGGUCAUCGACUGCACCCACAUCUAUGGAGCAGAUUUCACGGCCGCCAAGGUCAUAUCCACCAUGGUGAUGGACUUCAAGCAGCGGGAGCAGCCUUUGUUCUUCUACAAUCUGCAGCCCAGAGUGGCGCAGGUCUUUGAGGGACUUAACAAGGAUCUGGUGGUCAUAUACGACAUCACCACCCUGCACGCCAAGCUGGCGGAGAAGUCGCCGAUCUGAGGGAGCCAAAGAAAUCCGAGGGAGAUCAACGCUGCAACCUCGUCAAGCGAUAGUCUUAGUCAAAUCUCGCUCUAAGUCUGUGUAUUAGCCUAGUCUACGUCUUAGUACUAGCUUAGUCUUGCCCGCCGAGGCCGAGGCCGAGCGGCCAAACGUGGCCUGCCCACGCUCAUCGCCUUAGUUGAAGGCACCAUUCCAUGGGGCUAGCCUAGCUCACCUUAAUUAGCAGUUAAGUUGCGGCAAUCUUCCACAUUUCGCAGAUGUCUGCACAAUAUUAUUUAUUUGGCCUCUGGUGAAACGCUGUGAACUUCGCUGAGCGAAGAUGCAGAGUCAGAGUUCCUCCCACCCGCGAUUUUGCCGCUGAGCAUAGUAUUAUUUACGGAUAGCGAUCGAAGAGGUUUAGCAUAAGUACUUAAAUAAAUCGAGUAAAUAUAACAUA